AUGAAUGCUUUUAAAUUGACAAAUUAUGAUUGUAUCGGAUUUGAUUUAGAUAAUACGCUUCUGAAUUACAAUGUGACAAAUUUGGUGCAUUUGGUAUAUAACACAUUAGCUGAUUACUUGAUAAAAGAAAAGGGUUAUGACUCAAAAUACUUAUCAAAACCAUUGGAAAAUAAAGAUUUAGAUUUCAUGCAGAAAGGAUUGUUCUUAGACUUUGAAAAAGGAAAUUUACUUAGAAUCAGUGCUGAUGGUACAAUUCAAAGAGCAUGUCACGGUACUAGUUUAUUAAGUAUUGAACAAAUUAAAGAAAUAUAUUGUGACCAAAGGUGGGAAGCCACAGAUGCAUUUUCUAAAGACAUGCUAUCAACGUGGAAUGGACCUAUAUCAAUGAAAAUGAGAAGUUUAUUAGAUUACUUUGAUAUUUCUUCAUCUGUUAUAUUUGCAAGAUUAAUAGAUACUCUUGAUGAAAAACAUGGAGGACCUCUAAAUUCUUAUAAUGUUUGGCCUGAUAUGUUAGAUGGAUUGAUUGAAAUGUAUGAUGCAGAUCAUUUUAAAUUAGACAAAGGAGAAUUCUUUCCUAGCUUGAAACAAAAUCCUCAUAAAUACAUGCAUAAAUGUAAUGAAAGAACUAUAAAAUGGCUUCAGGAAUUAAAAAAACAUUGUAUUACUUUUCUCAUCACUGGAUCAAAUGUUGAUUUUGUUAAUUUUACUGCUACUUAUGCCUUUGGGGAAGAUUGGAAGUCUCUGUUUGAUAUUACUAUUUGUUAUGCAAGAAAGCCUGGCUUUUUUACUGAGCAACGUCCAUUUUAUGAAACUAUAAAUUAUGAAAAAGGUGCUAUAAUAGAAAGCAAAGAUUUAAAACAGGGUGGGAUAUAUAAUCAAGGUAAUUGGAAAGGUCUUGUUGAUUUCCUAGAAUGUGAAUCUGGUAAAAAAAAUCCUCGUUGCUUAUAUAUUGGUGACAAUCUUAUUCAAGAUAUUUAUGUACCUAAAGCAUAUGUUCAAUGUGAUACAGUAGCUGUAAUUGAGGAACAGAUGGCUGAAGGAAUGUUUCAUCAGGGAUUGUCACAUCCAGAUGAAAAAGUGUUAAAUUCCACAUUCUGGGGUUCUUAUUUCUGCUUGAAAGAUUCUAGAAUUAAUACUGAUUCUUUAUGGGGUUAUGUUAUAAAAAAAUAUUCGAAACUUUGCAUACCUAACAUAGAUAUUAUAGCUCAAGAGCCAUUAGAAAAAACUUAUUUAUGUUUCGUGGAAGAUGAAAAGAAAUACAGUGGAUAUUAUCCUGCAGCACCUCUCAGUAUAUCAACUAUCUAAGCUUAUAUACGUAUUAUACCAGCUAUCCAGGAACAGUUGCAACAAUUACUAAAGCCCAAAAGAACAUUGGUACAUCCUAAGCAAACAUUUAGAACAAAACGAACAGAACAGAGGCAACAAGAAGGGCUAGCAGCAGUGGAGAAAAUUUUGGAAGAAAGAAAAA